GGUGAGCGGCUGGCCAGGCUGGGGCGGGUAAUCGCGAGUGUGGCCUGGACAAGGCGUCUUUGCGCCGUCUGCUGUGUGCCGUCCACCCCAGUCCUCUCCUGGCGGCGGGCUGCUGCUGCGGGCGGCUGGAGAGGAGACGGCCCGCGCACCCGCUGUUCGUUUGCGGACCCCUGUGACCGGCCGCGGGGGCUUCUCUCCAGCCGAGAGCGGCAGCGCCUCCUAACCCCAGUCCCUGCCAGAAAUCGUUCCCACUGCUGGCGUUCUGCAAGGUGGAGUGACAAGUGGAGUCCGCAGGUCUGGUCUGUAGACACCAAGGAGAGGGAUACCCUGAUGGAGACCCCCACAGCUAUGAAAACUGCUUUUCUAACACAGGCCACCAAGCAUGCAGCCUCAUCUAUCGAGCAAUUAGCUCGGAGCACAGGGUUGACACCAAAGCAGGAAGCUUCAGAAGGAGAAUGCCAUAGAGAGGCUGCAGUACAGGGGCUUCCCAGAGCACUAGGGUCUAUUGACAUUGGUGCAAAUGAGGAAACCGGAGAGAGACCCAGAGAUGCUCCUUGGUGCCUGGUCACUCAUGAGAAAACUGGAGGGCAGAAUGGCCCUCAGAACGGUGUACCUGAGUCAGAUGUUACUCUGAACACUGGCUCUGUGGCAUAUGGAAGAGCCCACUGGAAAGGGCGGCCCUAUCAGUGCAACACCUGUGACCGGAGCUUCAAGUGCUAUUCGGAUGUGGUCAAACAUCAGAGCAUCCACUCUGGGGAGAAGCCCUUUGAGUGCAGUGACUGUGGGAAAGCCUUCAUCCACAGCUCGCAUGUUGUCAGACACCAGAGGAUCCACAAUGGGGAGAAGCCUUAUGUUUGUAAGGAGUGUGGGAAAGCCUUCAGCCAGAGCUUCAACCUUAUUAGACAUCAGAGAAUUCACACAGGAGAAAAACCUUAUGAAUGUACUGAAUGUGGUAAGUCCUUCAGCCAGAGGUCAGAUGCCAUCAAGCACCAGAGAAUUCACACUGGAGAGAGACUGUAUGAAUGUAGCGAAUGUGGGAAAACCUUUAUCCACAGUUCCAACGUUGUUCGGCACCAGAGAAUCCACCAUGGAGAGAAUCCCUAUGAAUGUAAGGAGUGUGGGAAGGCCUUCAGCCAGAGCUCCAACCUCAUCCAGCACCAGAGGGUGCACACCGGGGAGAGGCCCUACGAGUGCAGUGACUGUGGGCGUGCCUUCAGCCGCAGCUCCUUCCUCAGCGAGCACCGCCGGAUCCACACUGGGGAGAGGCCCUACGAGUGCAGCGACUGUGGGCGUGCCUUCCGGGCCCUGUCGGGCUUUUUCCGGCAUCAGAGGAUCCACACGGGCGAGAAGCCGUUCCGCUGCACAGAGUGCGGCAAGGCGUUCCGCCUGAGCUUCCAUCUGAUCCAGCACCAGCGGGUGCAUGGUGCAGAGUGAGCCAGUGUAGGGGGGAAUGUGAGUGGAACGCCAUGUGAGCAGAUUGAGGGGUGGGCGAAGAGGCAGAGGUCUAUAUUCGUGCCAUGUGUGGUACCGAAAAUAAUAAAGCCGUCUGGGUGAUUUAAAUUCUUGCCUCUAUGAAAGCCUUGGGUCUGUCUGCCCUUGCUCAGGAUCAGUCAGAAGAGAAAGGAGUCAAGGGAGAGACAAGCGUUACGGGUGCAAAGACCAGAGCAGGUUUUCCCAAAAAAGAGAUUUGAGGUCCGGUCCUGGGCCUGGGUGCCUGCUGCUUACAUGUCACCUCAGGCAGUAUGUCGCCUCAGGCAGUAUCUUGCACCCCUGUCACUCUCAUGUGGAGCCUCGCCUGAGCCACCCUCACUCUUCACACGCAGUCAGCUGCAGUGAAACUCGUUUCCAUGGCACUUGGUUUUCCCUGAGGUAUCAUUUACAUAUGGUGAAGUGCAUAGAUCUGAAGUGUUCAGUUACGAGUUGUGACGAACGACCUGUUUUGACCUUCAGAACCACCGUCUUGUCCAGACACUAUUUCCAUCACCCUAAGGAGUCCCAUCACUGUCCUAUCCACAGAGGCAACCACUACUGUUGUUUCUGUCAAUGCAAUCCAUUUUCCUUGUCCUAGAACUUUCUAUAAAUAGAACAAUAGACUCUUACGUUUGACUUCUUUCCCUCUGCUCAAUGUUUUGGAGAUUUAUCCAUGUGUCAGGUUUGUCUCGUUUUAGUUCCAUAGCACUUUUUUUUUUUUUUUUUU